UAUGCCGGAGAAAACGACCCACAAGGCGCCAGCUUGGCUGACUGAGGAGUACGUGGAGAAAAAGUUAAGAGUUUACUUUAAGAAUGACACCCUGAAUCUGAAGAAACUGACGAUCAAGCCGGCAAUAGCGAAUGGAGAGAACUACGCCAGCGUAAUGACCCGCAUCAAUGUGGAGUACACUACGAAGGAUUCAAAGGAUAACCAGUCCGUAACCUUUCUGCUUAAGACGACCUUCGCCGACAAAGACCCGGCGGCCCAUUUGCUCAUUAACUAUGGCAUCUACACCAGGGAGAUCGACAUGUACGAGCAGAUACUGCCCCGAUUGGCGGAUAUAGUGAAGAAUGAGCUCCACGAUUCUCGGAAGUUGUUUGCAGCUACUGUGGGUGUAGAUCGUGAGCGGGACACGAUUAUGUUCGAGGACCUUUCGCUGGAGAGAUAUAAGGUUGCGUGCAGGGUGAAGAAACUGGAUCUGGAGCACACCUAUCUGGUUCUCGAGAAACUGGCGGACUUCCAUGCAGCGGGGGCAGCGCUGGCUCAGCGGCAACCCGGAAUCUUUGAAAAGAACUACGACCGUGGAUUCUUUAACAAACAUAUACGAGGCUACGAGCCAAUCAUGAAAAAUAUCCUUCAAGCCUUGUCGCGCGCCCUCGAGUUGAGUCCGGAUCUAAAGGAGCGAUACCAGGCGAAGAUCGACAAGUUAAUUGAUAAUGUAAUGGACUACGGCGAGAGAUCGGUAUCUGUCGCUCCCGUCGAUUUUGUGACUCUGGCCCAUGGAGAUAUUUGGACAACCAAUUUCAUGUUCCAGUACGAUGACGAAGGUCAUCCAGUUAAUGCCAUCUUCAUUGAUUUCCAGUUCAGCGUUUGGAAUUCUCCGGCCAUCGAUCUGCACUACUUUUUCUCAACCUCGAUCCACGAAAAUAUUCGUCUGGAGCGUCAGACCGAGCUGGUCCAGUUCUACUUCAAUAAGCUAGUGGAGGCUCUAGGAAGGGUUAAAUAUUCGGGUAACGUUCCCAGUUUAUUUGAGUUCCAACAACAGUUUCGGGCCAAAGGUUUUUAUGCUGUGUUUGCGUCGUUGAUUUUUGAGCCCAUCAUGGUCUACAAUGGUAAGGAGGAGCCGUCAAUUGAGCAGUUCAUGACCAGCGAUGAGAAGGGAGUGCGAAUAAGGGAUGCACUGUAUCAGACGGAGGAGAACCUAAAGAAGUUGCAACUGACUCUGCCGUUCCUUGAUCAACUGGGCUUACUAGACGAAAUGUAAGAAAAUGCUCCACCCAAUAAAUAAAUGCUCCUUAUCAGUUAAAGUCAAUUAAUCAAAUUGUCAGCUGCUAUCUACCGAGAAAUUGAGCUUAAAAAUAGUUUCGUUAUUUUUAGCAAUUCAUUGUUUAGAAAUAUCUAGUAGCUCGCUGGCAUCAAAUUGAUAUGUAAUAAGCUCAAUGACGAUUUCUAAUAACUAAUUCAAAUGGUUGAAUUGAAAGAUAACAGGAAUGUCAGAUAAGUCAGAUAGAAUGAUAGAUAAGACUUGAAUAAUAAAUAAACCCCACCGAUGAAAAAUCCGCAGUGUCGAUCAACCCGCGAUUCGGUCAGUAUCAUGUCCCAGGAAAACAAUAGAAACACACAAGUGGUGCCGCCUGGCUCACUCGCGACUAUGUGGAGCAGAAGCUGCGUUUUAUACUGGCUUAAAUAAAUUUAUAUAUUAAAAUGUAUGUAUUUGUAUUUAAAUACAAAGUAAUUUCGAUUACUUCACCUGCUAUUGCUAACUUUUAUUAAUUGUGUAUGCACUUAUGAAUGACAAUUCUCAGGUGCUAAUUGUAGGUAUUUGUAAAUGUGUAAAAACCAUGAAAACGGGACAAAAUCCGUAUUAUAAAGUUUUCUAAUUGCUUUUGUUGAUAUUGACUUUGAAAUUAGCUGCAGACGACGAUAAGGAGGAAUUCUUGGAAUAACUAUCAAGACAACCCACUAAAUUAAUUCACUUCCCCUUUACGAUAUUCGAUAACAGAUAAUAAAAAAUCUUAAGCUGUA